GAUUUAGGUGUUCUGACCACCCAAGCAAAGCCCAGCCCUCCUCCCCUAUCUCUAUAUCUCUCUCUGCAAAAGUAAUUUUCCAUCAGAGCUUGAAAACCCUAAUACAGCCAAGGAAAGCACCUCUCGCCUUUGUUAUUGUAAUUGUUUUUACUUCUUCUCCGUUCUUCAAUUUGUAAUUACGCCUUUGCUCCUUCUCAUUCUCUCUGAUUUUGCCUUGUUUCGAUCUUCACUCCCUCUCUUUCUCUUAAUCUUAUCCAGCUUCUCUGAUUCCUUCUUUUCUGCGCCCUCCGAUGGCCGAAGGAAAGUUCGAUCUGCCUGAUGAUCUCCUCUCCUGUAAACCGUCCGAUCACUGCUGGACCCCUAAAGUUGAAGCUUUGGGAAGUGAUGAGGAAAAAGUUUCUGCAGGCUUACACGAUGAGACGAAAGAUCAACUGGCAUCAGAAAGCAGCAUGCCGUUGUCUCCUCAGUGGCUUUAUAGCAAACCAAGUGAGACCAAGAUGGAUAUGCGUGCUCUAACUUCAGUGUCGCUUGGGAAUUCCAAUGAUCCAAGCCAGAAGGACGGUUGGCGUUUAGAUGGAACUGAGGAUAAAAAAGAUUGGAGAAGGAUAGCUACUGAGAAUGAAAGUAACCGCCGAUGGCGUGAAGAGGAAAGAGAAACUGGCAUACUUGGUUCUCGAAGAGAUCGUAGGAAAGCAGACCGUGUUUCUAUCAGAGAAACAUUGGAGAACAGAGUUUUGCCAUCCCCUGAUCGUUGGCAUGAGGGUAAUAACCGUAACUCUGGUCAUGAAGCACGCCGAGAUAGCAAAUGGUCAUCUAGGUGGGGUCCUGAAGACAAAGAGAAGGAAUCCCGAACUGAGAAGAGGACGGAUGUGGACAAAGAGAAGGAUGAUUCUCACUAUGACAAUCAAUCAUCUAUAAUUAGCAACCGUUCAGCUUCUGAUCGUGACUCAGAUUCUCGUGAUAAGUGGAGACCACGGCAUAGAAUGGAGGUUCAUUCCACAGGUUCCAAUUCCUACCGUGCUGCACCUGGAUUUGGACUCGAGAGAGGUCGGGGUGAAGGUUCAAAUUUGGGGUUCACUAUUGGACGUGGAAGGUCAAAUGCCAUUACUAGAUCUUCAUCUGCAGCCACCACUAUUGCUCCUCAUGCAUACAAAAGUGGAAGUGUUAUUGGGAAGCCAAACCUUGCAAUGGAGACAUUUUGCUAUCCAAGGGGUAAGCUUCUUGAUAUUUAUCGCAGACAGAAGCUUGAUUCAUCUUUUUCUGCAAUGCCUGAUGAGAUGGAGGAAUCUUUACCAAUAACUCAAGUUGACAUUUUUGAACCAUUGGCCUUCGUUGCUCCUGAUGCUGAAGAGGAGGUCAUACUUACUGACAUAUGGAAGGGGAAACUCACAAGUAGUGGGGUGGUGUAUAAUUCAUUUAGAAAAGGGAGGUCAACUGAAAAUGUUUCAGGUAUUUUAGGUGCUGGAGACUAUGAAUCCAACGAGGGAAAAUUGGGUAUCCUCUCCUCAGUUCCCUCUGAAGAGAGUCCUGAUACCUUUCAAGGUGCUGCAAACAAUAGUGCAUAUCAAACUGAUGGUGAUCAUUCCUUGUGGAAUCAUGAUUCACAUUUGAAUGUUUUACAUGAAAAAGAUGUUGAUCAUGAAGGAAACAAGGUUAGAGAUGAUGAAUUCACUGCCACAGAUCUGGAAUGUGUUGUUACUGGGACUACAAAAGAGAUUAUCACUUCUUCCCAUGGUGCUUCUCAGCUUGAUAUUGGUGAAAAUGGACAGAGAGUGAACUCUGCUUUGACUAGACAUUUUCAUUCUGAUGAUGUUGACUCAGCCUCUUCUUUUGAUGUUAAAUCUAAGCUUCCUGAUGAUUCAAACUCACUAUUUGUUCUGCCCUCUACUGACCAAGACUGCAGUGUCACUAUGUUGCCCUUGGCGAGUAAAAGUGAGGCAAAAGAUCUGGAAAGGAGUACACCACUUGAGGACUUGUACUUCUAUUACAUUGAUCCUCAUGGGAAUACUCAAGGACCAUUUCUUGGAGCUGACAUCAUCUUGUGGUUUGAAGAGGGCUAUUUUGGGACAGAUUUGCCAGUUCGCUUGGCAGAUGCUCCUGAAGAUACAUCUUUCCAGAGUUUGGGAGACAUCAUGCCACACCUAAAACUGAGGGGAAUGUUUCCCAGUUCUUUGCAGGAACCGUCUAGUGCUUCAGGAGGAAAGUUGGAGCCUGGUUUGCCUCCUGCUGCUCCAGAAAAUACUGAUUCAGCUGCAGUAAAUGAGUUGUGCCAGCCAAUGUCUGACUUAAGUAGCCUCUCAGCUCAGCAUGUUCAGUCAAGAAUGCCUGAGCCUAAAAAUCCACUUCAGUUUCCACACUCCGAGGAUCAAAGUUUUCUUGAUUUUGUUGCACAUGAUGAAGAAAUUGUUUUUCCCGGAAGACCUGGCAGUAGUGGCUAUCCUAUCAUGCAACCAUCUGGGAAUGCUCAUGAUCCUUUAGCAAAAUCAAAUGGUCACCCAUCUUUUCCAGAUGAAUUGACAGAACCUGGUCUACCAUAUCAGAGUGAUAAUAAGUUGCACCCUUUUGGCUUGUUCUGGUCUGAGCUUGAAGGCUCUCAAUCUCAAACUAGACAAAUUGAGUCAUCUGAUAUGCCUUCCACUGUGGGAAGACCCGCGGCAUUUGGUGCUAUGCCUGAUCGAGCUGCUGUGGCAGAGAAAUGGUCUGAUGUUUAUGGACAAGAGAUGCUUUCUGUUCCCAACUCAUUUCAAGAUGCCACUGCUGCUCGCCAUUUGUCACGUGUUGAACAAGAGCCUAAUCAUUUUGGCCUAGCUGAGCAGCUUAUGUCACGACAAUUCCAGCAGCAGCAGCAGCUCCAACAACGAAAUAUGCUAUCUCAUUCACACUUGAAUGACUCACUCCUAGAACAUGUGACAGGUCAGAAUCUUAUUCACCAUCAGCAGUUGGCCAACCAUCCCGUGCCAGAUGUGGAACAUCUUUUGGCACUUCAGCUGCAGCAACAGCGGCAGCUUCAGCUCCAACAACAACAGCAGCAGUUUCAUCAACAGCAAAAGCUUUUGCAGGAACGACAACAAUCACAAGCUCGGCAGGUGCUCCUUGAACAGUUGCUACAUGGUCAGAUGCCUGACCCUGCCCUUGUACAAUCACGUGUUGAUCCUAUUAGAGCUAACAAUGUUCUUGAUCAAGUUCUGUUGGAGCAACAACUUCUACAUGAGCUGCAACAACGGUCUCAACAUCCUCAAAGGCACUUUGUUCCAUCUGUUGAACAGCUUGCUCAAGCAAAAUUUGGUCAGGCAUUACAGCAAGAUCAACAGAGAGAUUUAUUUGAGCUAUUAUCUCAUGCCCAGCAUGGUCAAAUUCAAUCUUUAGAGCAUCAAAUUCUUCAAGAACAGCUGCAGGCAAGGCAGUUGCCUAUGGGAUUGAGACAGCGUAUGAAUAUGGAAGAAGAGAGGCAUAUUGAAUCUCUCUGGCCACCGGUUAAUGAAAGUGAUCAGUUCUUCAGGAGUCUUACUGGCAAUCAUAGAGCUCACUCUUCAGGAAUUAGCCCUUUAGAUUUUUAUCAGCAGCAGCAGCAGCAGCAGCAGAGGCCACCACAUGAGGACCAGUUGAGCCAACUCGAGCGAAAUCUUUCAUUUCAAGACCGACUUCGGCAAGGGCUUUAUGAGCCGGGCUCAUUGCUGUUUGAGAGGUCCCUGUCCUUGCCUGCUGGUGCUUCAGGAAUGAAUAUGGAUGUUGUAAAUGCUAUGGCUUGUGCUCAUGGUUUAGAUAUGCAGGAGUUGAGCACACGAAUGCAAUCUGCUGGCCAAGUGGGAACGUUGUCUUCUGGAAAUCACCCACAUGAUCGUCAUCACCCUAUGGUUCCUAACCAAUUCCAUGUUUCACAUCUAGAUGCGAUUGAAGGCCGCUGGCCUGAAAGCAAUGGGCCAAUAGUAAACGACUGGAUGGAAUCCCGAAUUCAACAAUUGCACAUCAAUGCUGAACGGCGUAAAAGGGAGUCUGACAUUAAAGUGACUGCUGAAGAUUCAAGUUUAUGGAUGUCAGAUGGAUUGAAUGAUGACAAAUCAAGGCGAUUGUUCAUGGAAUUGCUACAUCAGAAAUCAGGUCAUCAACCUUCAGAUUCGGUACAGAUGAAUGAUGGAAUGUCUUUUGAGAAGAAGUCAGCAUCAGGCAUUUACUCUGGAUCAAGCUCUUCUGAUCACCUUUUUGCUGUUGUUUCAGACCAAGAAGCCAGUCUAAACAACUCACUUGCAAUAGGGUCUUAUGGUUCUAAUACUUGUCAACUAGCAGAGGUUUCUUCAGCUGGUGAGCGGGCAAGUAAUAUGGGAAACACAGAAAAAUUACUGCUUAGAUCUGAAUCUGGAGCAACAUGUGGGGGAAAUUUAUCAUUGUUAGGCAUUAGUGAGACUUCGCAGGCAGUUCUCGCGGAUUCUAACUUCAUUGAUAAGUCGUCUAUCAAUAGAGAGUACCUAGACGUAGAAGGGAGGAAGUAUGGGUCCAAAAUGCAGGGUAUGGCAAAGAGUUCAGUUACUGAGAUUCACAAUGGCAUAGGUGAUCAAGCACGGUUGACUGCUACAGAUCAUGGAGAGGUUACAGUUAAUGUUCUCGGCAGGCAUUCUUCUCUUGGUGUUCCUGGAUGUUAUGAUGACAAGAUUGGACAACAAAAUUCAUUUGCGGAAGAUAUUAACAUGAAUCAGGUGCCUGUACUCUUCAAAGGGCAAGAGAGUAUAUUGUUGAGGCGACCACCUGUCUCUCAUGCUUCUUCAUCUCAAGAAGGGUUAUCUGAGCUGGCUGCUGAUACAGUUGUCAGGGCGAAAAGUUCAAGUGGUGUUGAGGGUGGAAAUCUUGUGAGCCAAGGUUCUGACAGCACAGCUUCUGGCAAGACAGAUGUGCAUUUCCGAAGAACCUCAUCUUGUGGGGAUGCUGAUGUGUCAGAGCCAUCAUUUAUAGAUAUGCUUAAAAGUAAUGCCAAGAAGAACAUUGCUCCAGAGGCCCACAUGACAGCAGCAGGGUCAGAAUCAUCAGAUGGGACACAAGGCGGCCGAAGUGGCAAAAAGAAAGGUAAAAAAGGGAGGCAAAUUGAUCCUGCUCUCCUCGGUUUUAAAGUAACAAGUAAUCGUAUCAUGAUGGGUGAAAUUCAACGGAUCGAGGAUUAACCAUUUGAGUUUUGUAAUUUCUUUUGUAUAUUGCUCAUUUACAAGUUGUAUAGGUUCACAGUACGCAUGGCAAAGCAUUUAUAGAUUAUUUUCCCCCUUUCUCUUGGGUCAUUUUGCACCACCAUAGUGAUAAAUGAUGAUGAUACAAGGAUGGGUAAAAAUGCUUGUAAAUCCUGAUAUGGCGUUGGGUACAGUAACUGGAUCUUGUAUAGAUUAACAGUCACACAUUAGAAGCUAAUCAGUUUUAACAGAUUCAUAUUUUUCUCA